AUGAAUGUUCGCUGUACUGGAACGUUAUAGAUUUUUUCCGUUUGUACUACAGUAUAAUUGGUGUUUUCGAUCGUGUGAAAAGAACGUGGCAAAAUGGCAGAUUUACAAAGCCCCAUUCCUCUUGUUGAAGAUUUAGUUAAACAAGCAGUGAUAUCAUUCAAAGGAAAAUUUGGAUGUGAGCCGACCACGGCGGCAUGCGCGCCGGGACGAGUUAAUUUGAUCGGUGAACACACGGACUAUAACGAUGGAUUUGUUUUUCCCAUGGCGUUACCUCUGGUCACCGUGAUAGUGGGCAAGAAGACGGAGAGUCAGCAGUGCCGUGUGCUCACUUUAACUGAAGGUGUAGAUGAUCCAAACUAUGUAGAGUUUCCGGUCCCGUCAGAAACUUCACCACUUGCACCGGGUACUCCGAAGUGGGCCAACUAUGUCAAAGGAGUUGUGGCGAAUUAUAAAGGUGGCUCUCUUCCUGGAUUUGAUUGUGUUAUUGUAUCGUCCGUGCCAGUUGGCGGGGGUGUAUCAAGUUCCGCCGCAAUUGAAGUCGGAACUUACACAUUCCUGGAUCAACUAACCGGCUCUGAAAACGGGAUAAGCAAAAAUGAAAAGGCCCUUGCAUGUCAGAAAGCUGAGCACGUGUUUGCUGGGGCACCGUGUGGGAUAAUGGACCAGUUUAUAUCUAUCAUGGGAGAAACUAACCACGCUCUUCUCAUAGACUGCAGAUCACUUGACUGUCGUUUAGUUCCACUAAAGGAUCCUAAUGUUGUGAUAUUGGUGACGAAUUCCAAUGUGAAACACAACAUUGAAGCUUCGGAGUACUCGACGAGACGUGCACAGUGUGAGAACGGUGCUAAAGUGAUGGGCUUGACCAGUCUUCGUGAUGCCAAUGAAAAACAAUUAGAAGAGCACAAAUCGAACUUAGAUGACGUCACGUACAGACGAGCACGACACGUGAUUGGUGAAAUUAAAAGAACAGAAGAAGCUGCCAACGCGCUGGAAAAUAACAACUAUAAAUUGUUUGGUGAACUAAUGGUGCAAAGCCAUAAUUCUCUCAGGGAUGAUUUUGAGGUAUCCUGCACAGAGUUAGACCAGUUGGUUGAGGCGGCAAUGGAGGUGGAAGGAGUAUAUGGAUCUCGGAUGACAGGAGGAGGUUUCGGGGGCUGCACCGUUACAUUGCUAAAGCGAGACGCCGUACCAGCGGCUUUACAGCAUAUCAAGAAACGGUACAGUGGCACUCCUACAUUCUACGUGUGUGCAGCAUCGCAGGCCGCCCAUGGCCUUACACUAUAGUGGAGAACAAUGCACUUCCUACCGUUAUACGAGUCUGAAACAGUACAUUAACCAACGUGAUGUUUUAUAAUCAUUCCGUUCUUCAUUCCCAUGCUCUUGAUGUUAGAGAUCUCACACGAACACAUCGAAUCUCAGUACUUACAUCUUAUAUCGCUCAUCAUUAUGUAUACAAAAAUGGAGAUUGUUCUAACUUAUAUAUAUAGAUCCGAUACACCGGAAGAGAAUACAAAGUGGUGUGUUGUCGUUGUCGUGCCUUAGCUGUACGUUGAUCAGUGAAGUGGAUAUUUGAUAAUAAUUUGGUCAAUCUCAUUUUAUGCAAAUUCAUUGGAUGGGGUCACAUAUCUUCGUAUCAGAGUAUGUUUUGCUAGCCAGUGAUUUUCUCGAGUGUACUUGAAGCAUCGUACAACUAGGUUCCAUCACCAAUAUACUUGAAGCGUUGUAUAUAGCUAAGUUAGAUCUCGAGUAUACUUGAAGUCUUGUAUAUAGCUAGGUUAGAUCUUGAGUAUACUUGAAGUCUUGUACAACUAGAUAAGACCUUGAAUAUACUUUAGAUCUUGUAUAGCUACCGUGUACGGCAGUUAAGUUGUUCUAUCAAAACCAUACAUCAUGCCAAAUAUCGGUUUUCAUGUCGCGCAAAGAUCUCAUUGAUAUCAAAUUCGUGGAAUCUGUUUGUAAGCUGCUCAUAUUAGAAAUGAAUCACAAUUAAAUAGUUUCCAUAUGGGAUUGGUAUGAAAUUGGCAGUAGCAGUAGAUCUAUAUCUACUCGGGUAUAGAAAAUAUGAGCGUGUUUAAAGCGUGUUGAGAAAUAGGUGUAUUGUUUGAAUCAAGACUGGUUUCAGGGGAGAUAGAUAUUGAGAUCAUGUUGCAAAUCUCAUUGCUCUUGCGAGCAGCUUGGCCAAUACCAAAACACAUGACCAGUCUUGAACCAGUAGUAGACAAAAACUUGUUUCUCUGUCGGCGUGAAUAAAAGAUUAUAUACAGUUAAAGACAUAUUAGCCCCAAAUUUAUACUUAUUCAUAGUACUUAUCUUACACAGUAUUGUGUGUUGGGUUUAGAAUAGUAUACAACAAAUACGUGUAUAGCUUAUCACAAUAUAAACGCGUACUGUCACUAAAACUUUGGAAGAUGAUUUUAACAAAAUGACCGUUUUACAUGAAUUUAAUUGUCACUGUAGCUCUACAAACACAGUAACAGUUAGUUUGUAUAUUUUGUCACAUUAAAAUAAUUUUAUAAAGAUCUUUUUAAGAUGCGCGUUUGGAUAUCUUUAGUAUAGAUUAGCAUAUUUAAUAGAUGUUACAUCCGUUGUAAAAUUGUACAUGAAUGUUGACAGCGUCCGUAAUUUCUUAAGGUUUAGGAUUAUAUCACCAAAACACAGAAAUAUUCUAUAAACGAACAACAUCGUUACCAAUCUUUUAACUGACCAGUACAUGUUCUGCCAUACUGUCCCGUACUUUAAAUAUUCUGAAAAAGUUGCCCCCC